CUGGAAGUAAAAAACAGUGGACGUACAAAAUCACUGGAGUUGCCCGAGGGGGCGGUGUUGGUCGAGGUCUGGCCACCCUCCAUCGUGGGCUAGAUGGGUCGCGACCGAUCGAACAAGCAACGGGCUCAACAACGUCGCAGUCUGGACGGGAAGGCGAAGAAACAAGGUUUACCACCAGGGAGAACAGCUCCAAAGAAUCAGAAAAGAAAGUAUUUAAUGGAAGGAGGGAGAGGGGAAAAUAGGAAAAUACAAGGAAAUGGAUCAGGAAGAAUAGAAAGAAAGAAAGAAAAGAGGGAAAGGAAAAAAGAAGAGGGAAAAAAGAAAAAGAGGUAAGGAUGAACCGGUCGGAUAGAAGAAAUCAACUAAAAUGAUGGAAAAUGCAAAAUCAAAUAGAAAAUAAGAUGAAAAUAUAAUGAAAAAAAAAAAUAAUAAUAAUAAAAAAUAGAACAG